CACCUACUAUCAUAGUAUUUGGUAUUAUUACAAAAUAGAUAUUGUGUAGUGUUGAAAGUGCUCUGGUUCUAGUCUAGUUUAGCUGUAUUUCUUUUGUCUGGUGUCAUUCGUGUUGUUCAUGCGAUAGUGUUUAAGUUUUUAAAUUUCGUUGAUGUAUUGUUUAUUUUAGUUUUAGUUGUUAUAUCGUUUCUUAAAAAAAAAAUAUAGUAUUCGAGACAUGAGUUAUCCACAGGUAUAAUACGUGAUAACGAAAAAUCGUUUUUAUUUUUUCAGAUUUAUAUACUAAUUUAUCGUGCAAUGAAAUAAAAUAAUAAAUUUGAAUGGUUUCAGAAAAUGGAAGGAUUCAGUAAAUCGUACACACCUUUGUCACAGUUUAGCACUAUAAAAGAAUUUUCUUUAAAAGUUCUCAAGUUAGUAAAAUAAUUUUUAUCACACGAUUUACAUCUUUAUAAUAUUUUUAAUUAUUAUUAAUUCUAUUAUGUGUAAGAACUAAAUAUAUUUAACAUUUUCAACUUUGUUUAUAAUAUCAUUUUGAUACUUUUUGGUUAUCGCGACUAUUGAUGAUUUUCCGGGAUGUUGAUUCGGUUAUCACUACUACCAAUAAUAGUUAAAAUAUAAUAUAAUAUUGAUUUAAAUAUAAAAAUAAUAUAAUAUUAAAUAUAGUUAAUAAAAUUAUUAAUUUACACAAAGUGGGAAAUAUUGCGAUAUAUUGGUUAGUAUUACUACAAAAGGAUUAUCUGUUUAAAGAGCUUGACGCCACAUAAGCUCUACCAAAUAGCUAUUGAGAUGCUGGCGAGAUGUUUCCCUAUGUGUUUUAUUUCACCAUUUAGCUGAUCUCCUCAACCAUUCAAUAUGCCAAGUGUGACCACCUGUUGUUGAUCUACAAAAUUGUAUGUGUGAUUAACUUUUAGGGGGAUUGAAACCAGCCUGUUUUAAUUCAUCCGUUUUAUAACCAUGCCAACAAUCAGAAUAGAUGGUUGUUGUACCUACCUUAAUAUUAUUUUUUGAUUACAUCUAAUAGUGUAAAUGCAGUCCUAUCUUUAAUCUUAAUUAAAAAACAUUAUUUUAUCUUUCUACAUAGGCCUCCUUAAAUCUAUUGCUUCGGUAAAAUUCAUCCAGCAUUGUUUUAUGUGUUGUAAAAAGACUUGUCAAUUUCAACAAUUUUUUCAUUCUAUUUUGUGAGCUUAACACAUAUUUAUUUUUAUAUUUAAAUCAAAAUUAUAUUAUAGUUUAACUAUUGUUGGUAGUCAUAAUAAUCAAAAAGUACCAUUAUUUUAAUGAACCAUACAACAAUAGCCUUAAAUGGUUAAGUAAUUAUGAUAUUAUAUACCUAGUUCAAAAUUUGGUAUUUUUAUUUACUACACUGAAAUUAAAACAACACUGUGCAAAUCUAUGGUAUAAAACAUUGAAUGUGCAUAUAUUUAUUUGUUAAUAAAGUACUUCAGUGGUAGAAAAAAAAGGCAGAUAGAGGUAAAGAGUGAAAUUGUGGAAGAUUUAAGAAAAUAUGGAUGGUUUUUGUGUAUAAAAACAUAAACAUAAAUGUCACACCACAUGAUGUGAUAGAUAGACUAAUAUGGAGAAUCAAAAUUUAAUAUGCUGACCCUGUAUAGAAAAGAAAGAAAAUAUCAAUAGAAAAAAAAAUUGUAUUAUUAUAAUAUAUUAACCAUUUGGUUGGUUUAUUUAAAUAACUAAUAUAAAAUCCUUCUGUACAAAUUGCUAUAACUGGUAUCAUACUUUAAAUAAAUAAAAAUAAUUUUUGUGUAGUUUGUCUGUAUAAUGCAUUGUGUAUAGGUAGUUAUACAACAUGAACUUAUUAAAUAUGAUUUGUUUUGCUUUUAAAUUUGUUGUACUGCCAAUCCUAUAAGCAAUAAAUUAUCAAUACUAAUAAUUAUAUAAAUUAUAUAGGUACUACAAAUAGUAGUAAUAACUAAUAACCAAAUUUUUAAGAGUUUAGUGUGCUAAAAUAUUUUUAAAAAGUGUAUGAUGUUUCAUAAAAAAAAAUCAUAAAAUAUCUACAGGAAAAAUACAAAUAAAUAUGAAAAAUUUAAAAAUAAAAUAAACCAGUAAUAAAGGUCUCUCAAUUAUAUCUGUAGUCUCAGUAAAGACAUAUAAUUACAAACAAAUCUGGUCUCAACUUACAAUUAAUAUCUAAUAGAUAAAUUAAUUAUUAUUAUUUUUUUUUUUUACGUUUGUUUAAUUAGAGCAGCUGAUGUAAAACAUCAAAUUAUGAAAUUCAAUAGCAAUUUAAAUAUUGACUUUUCAAAAUGGUCUCAUGCAAGAAUGGAAAGAGAUUUUAAUAAAUUAGUUUCAAGUUUUACAGAAGAAGAAAUGCCUAAGUAAGUUAAUUUCGAAAAAUAAUUGUAUUAUCUAUGAUUUUAUGUAUAUAUUUAUUAUAUAUUGUGUAUGUAUAAAAUGUUUAUAGAUUUGGAGCAGGAAGUGAAUUUGGUCGUGAAGCUAGACAAGAAGCCAAAAAAAGACGGUAUGGAGGUAAUAAAAAAGUAUCUGAAUCCAGUCCUUGGUUAUUGAAAGUCGGAGGAAAGAAGUAGGUUUUUUUAAAACCAAUAAUGAAUUACAAAUUUUUGCUAUAGUAUGAGAACAUUGCUAUAUUAUUAAUGUUUAUUUUAGAUUUCGAGGAGUACGUGAAGGAGGAAUAACUGAUAAUUCUUCAUAUUAUUUGUUUACCCAUGGAGAAGAUAAUGUUAUAAAUGCUUUCAAAUUAGAGGAAUGGUAUAAUUUUCAACCAGUACAACGUUAUAAAACAUUAACUGUAGAGGAAGCUGAAGAAGAAUUUGGAAGGUUUUAAUUUGUCAAUAAAAAGUUUUAUAUAAAAUAUAAAAAUAAAUUCUUUAUAUUUUAUAGACGUAAUAAAGUUAUGAAUCAUUUUACCGUAAUGUUACAAAAAAGAUUAAAAACUGAUGAUGAUGAAGUGUUUGAAGAAGAUGAAAAAAUAAAGGGAACAAAAAAUAAGAAAAGCAAAGGUUUGAGAAAUAAUUUAGUUUUAUUUUCUUGAUAAUAUUUUUGUCUGGUUUAUAUUAUUAGAACUUAAAAUUUCUGAAUUGGAAGAGUGGGUUGAAUCUGAUGGAGAUAAUUCUGAUGAAGAUGAUGAAACGGAUCAAGAAAAAAUUGACAAAAAAAAGAAACAAAAAGGUAAACAAUAUAUUUUUGUAGAUACUAUAAAAUUUCAAAUAAAAAAUAAAAUGAAGAAAUACAUUUUGCCACUAUCAUACAAAAAGUAAAGUUCAAUAAAUUAUAUUGUUGUAUAUAAUGUUAUUUGUUAUAAGGUACAUAUUCCCAAUUGUUCAGAAGAGCAAAAAACCGAUUUGACAUCUUUUUUAUACUUCAAAUUGUUUUAAUUAAGUUUUAAAGAUAAAAUAGAAUUAUAUUUUUUCAUAGUUAAAUCAGUAAAUAAAUCAGUUAAUACAUACAUCAAUAUAAAAAAUAUAAUUAAACACUUACUUUACUUAUACUCAUUUACUAAGUCUUUACCUUUACCUAGAGUGCCUUGAUAGAGAGUGUGGCCAUAGAGAAAGUUGCUCUGAUUGGAUGAACAAUUUGACUGCCAUUAGUUGGCCAUUUUUAGUUUUAAUAAUUUAUUUUAACUUGUGUUACUAUAUAUCAUACAUAUUUUAGGUUCUGAGUGGAGCUAGAAGCUUAUAGUUUUAUUAAAAUGUUUAUUAUUAUUUUUUUAAUCUGUGCAUAACUUUUCUAUCAGAAGACUUGCUCCGAUUUUGAAGUGUAGCAUCUUUUCCCCGAAUUUAUCUCUCUAUUUUAGUAAAAAGAGAAUAAAAAGAAAGCCACCUAAAAUAAGAACAAUUUCAGAAAAAGAAACUAACCUACAACUAACUGAAUUACAUAAUUAUAUUAGAAAUUACAAAGGUUUAUUUUACUAAACAAAUAUUUAUAUACAGAUGUCUCGCAGUAAAUCAUUUUUUUCUAAAUAAUAUUUUUUAUUUUUUAUUUAUAUAUUUAUUGAUUAUAAAUACUAGUGUUUAUAUAAUUAAUGAUAUUACAUUAAUAUAAUAUAGUAUAUUCAAAUUAAGAAGACAACCUACCAGUUUAUAUUUUAUUAAAUUAAGAAUGUUCAAUUAUAAUUUAUAAAUAUUUCAUGAUUUCAAAUAUGAUAAAAUUAUUGAAAAUGUGUAAAUACUAAAUAUUAUAUACAUAUACAUACAUAUACAUACAUUAUAUUUUAUAAUUGGUGUCAACUUGAUAAAAAUGUUUUAAAAAUUAAAAUGCUAAUGUACCUACCUAUAUUAUAUUUCUAAGAUUCUAACUCUAUAAAAAAAACUAUUAAUUAUUCAUUUUCAUAAAAAAAAAAUAAAAUAACAAUUAUAAUAAUUCAAAUUUAAGGCAUUUUAAUACAUUCAGCAUUUAACUGUAUGAAAAAUGUCAAUCAAGUUAGUAUUUGUAUAGUGGUCCAGAGUUAUGACACAUUAUCAGUACACCUUGUUUAAACACCUUGUUUGGGACUUCAUUUAGAAAAUUAGUAUUAUUUAAAUAACCAGCCUUGGAGAUGACAUGCUUAAAACUGUUAGUGUUCCCCUAUAUCGAGACAAAUGACAGCCCUAUUAUUGAUGAGAGUAUAUAAAUUUUAAUUGUUUAAUGUAAAUAAUUUUUAUGUUUAUGUUUCAGAAAAAAGUAAAAAGAAAGCUAUGCCCAAAAAAAAGUCUAAAAGGUCAGAUGAAUCUGCCUCUGAGGAUAGUGAUGAUGGUGAUGCCGAAGGUAAAGAAUUAGAUUAUAUAUCUGAUUCUUCAGAAAAGUAAUUAUUCUUGUAUAAUUAUAAUAAACCUUAAAAUAAUUAUUACUAAAUCUACUAUAGUGUGUCAGAUGAUGAGGCCAAAGUCACAAAAGAAAUGCAAGGAGUUUCUGAAGAAAAGGCUUUAAAAAGCCUCUUGACAUCUGACGAAGAUGAAGAUGAAGAAGAGGAAAAGAAGCUUGAAGAUAAGAAAGAAGACAAUAAAAGUUCAGAUUUAGAAGAAGAUGAUAAGUCUAAAAAAGAUGAAAAAGUCAAACAAACUGUACCAAUUAAAAAAAAAAAGAAAACCUUAGAAAAAAAAGUAAAAAAAGAUUCAGGUAAAUAUUUUCAUUAUUGAAAAUUAGUAUUCAAUUAUUUUAUAUGUUUUUCUUUUUAGAAUCUGAAUCUGAAAGCUCCGUAGAUAGCUCAGAUAUUGAUUGUGAACCCAUUAGAAAAAAAUCUAUAGGUUUAGAUUUAUUGAAAAGCAAUAGUAAUGAUUCAGUUGGUUUUUCAAUCGAUCCAUCUAAUCAGAGGUUAUAUACAUUUACAUUUUAAAUAAAUUUAUCUGUGGUUGAUAUUAAUAUUAUUUUGUAUUUAUAUUUUAGCUUGGAACCAGCCCAUAAAAAAGCAAGAAUGGAAUUUUUACCAGUUUCAAUUUCUGAUACUCAUGGUAUAAAUGAAGAAUCUGUACGUCGUUAUUUGUCAAGAAAACCAAUUACAACUACUCAACUUGUUACUAAAUUUAAAAAUCGGUCUAAUUUAAGUUCAGAACAGUUAGUUAGUAUAAUUGCAUUGUUAUUAAAAAAAAUUAAUCCUGAAAAAAAAAUGAUAAAAAACAAAAUGUAUCUGUCUUUAAAACAUGGGUAAAUAUUUUUAAAUAAUUGUAGGCAAAUAACAUAUUUUUUCAAUAAAUGCACAUUAAG